CUUAGACAGAAAGAGUCUUAGACAGUUCUCGACUGAAAAGCACUAAGAGAAAGCACGGAGCAUGACAGAGGAGACGGAAGUGAAGCUGCGCUGCGGUGUGUACGGCGAAGGGAGCGUCUUCUUCAUCGAGAUCAAGCGCAAUGCUGAUGUAGAUGCGCUACAGAAGGCUAUAUUCGCGAAGAUACGAUACAGCGAGUGUUAUAAGCUUGCCGCAAGCGACUUGACGCUCUACUUGGCGCGAAAGGAAGGGGAAACCGUUUGGUUGGAGGACUACCGCCAUGUGAAGGAUAUUUUGCAAGGUGGCAUCUGCACUGGUUAUGACAAGAUGCGUCCGUCGUGGAAGCUCAACAAAACGGAGUUGUUUGGGCCGAGCUUCACGCCGGGAGAUGAAGAGAUUCACGUGCUGGUGGAACUCCCGACCAAGAAGACACGCGAAUGGAGCGCAGAGGAGUUGUCUACUGUGGAUCCUCAAGUUCAAAGGAAGGUUUGGAAGUCAGCUGUCAGGGUUUCUUCAGACGACGUGUGCUCAGGAUCCGCAUUGGUUGUUGAUCGAACGGCAACGCACGUGUAUCUGCUGACGAACUUGCACUUGUGGGUGGAUAAAGCAUUCACCGAUGAUCUAAGUGCUGAUUUCAACAAAGAAAUCAAGCAAUAUCUAAGACUACACCCCGGGAUGGAAUCAAGCGGAACGAAGAGGAAGGCUGUUGCUGAUGCCAGUGAACUAAGUCGCAAAUUUUCACGCACGUCACAAAGGAAAGCACCAUUUCUGUCGGACAAGCCACAAGUUGUGAUUGAGCAGUAUUUUCCAGACAGUCGUACGCUGGAGAAAGUCCUCAGGUUUAGCCUCGACAGUGGUGUUUGUUGGAGUAGUUCUGCUGCCUUCGACUUCGCAAUCUUUAAGGUCGCGGCACCACAAGACGUUCAGCUCACUCCGUGUAAGAUGUCCACGAAGGUGUAUCCAACCAUGGACGUCCACGUGUUUGGUUUCCCAGGUGCUCUGCCAGACCAUCAAGUUCACCGCUACGCAAUCAUCCCAGCUACAGUAACUGGAUGGAACCAGAAUCAAAUGACGCUUUCGUCUUUGCCAGCUCCAGGCCUCUCAGGAAGUGCUAUUGUGUGCACCAAAAGGGGAGUUCUCGUUGGAUACAUCGGUGGUGGUUUCGACGGCUCGACGAAGAACGAGCGGUAUCAAUCGUAUGGAUUCACACUCCGAGGUAUCCCACCCGAUCUGCCGUCUAGAUUGCCACCAGCUGACGAAGAUGAAACAAAGGAGUAG